CCUGUGGGUCACUGUGCGGCACGGGAGACUUGUGCGUCAGGCCACCGUACAGUCUGCUUAUAUGAAACCUUCCAACACUACAUUAAAGGCGACGUGAUGCCUCAGAAUAGUAUGAACUUCAAGGGAAGAAGAAGAGGAGCACAUCACAACAGCUGUAAAGCAAAUAGUCUGGUCAACGGUCAGGUCCCAAGCACAAGUGUAGUUAAUGGACCCGCUGCUCACAGUGGCUGCCCAGCCACUGCCACUAGAAUCAGUGAGAUCACGCCAGCUGGCAUACUGAAUGGUACCAAACCGCAAUGCAUGGUUAAUGGUUUUAUUAACCAUGGUUACAAAGGCAAGAGUACAAAAGCUGCGCCCCCAAGGACACUCAGGAAACAAGGAAAUACGACUUCAGCUGUGACUGAUGCCUCAGCAGCUGGCAGGGUCAGCAGUAGAGACAUUUCAGGUGGCAGCUCACUCCGUGGGGCCAGCAGUCUAGACACUGUUUCUCUGCCUAGUAAUUCUGACAAAAAGGAACCAGAGCCCAGCCUGUCAGCAGCAGCAAAAAAAACAAAAAGAUGGAAGAGAUUCAGACGUAAGAAGAGAAACACUGAAGUCGUCUGUGGGGGGAACUCUACGCCCCUGCUGCCACAAGAGGAGGAAGACUGGGAGAAUGAGAUCCAAGAGGUCACACUCACUAACUGGGAAAAGAUGUGUUUUGGGAUCAGACCAUAUGGUCCUGAAGAUGUGAUCCAUUUUGCUUUGAGGGAUUUAACAGUUCAGCAAAGGGACGCAGUUGACCUGCCGGUGACAGCCAAGUUCAGCCCAGCGGCAUACCAUCCACGUCCUGUUCGAUGGGUCUGCUACAACAUUUCCACUGAGCCGGGCCAGUUCGCCGAUGCUGAUGAGUAAGCCAGACAUAUGCUGUGUUUUAGGGAAAUGGUUGAAAGCAGUGUUCACUUACCAAAUCAACUAAUAGCCCUUUAGUUAGCCUUUAAAGGCACAUAGUACUUUUUCUGGUCAUGUGACCCAUUUGAGGAUCCUGGAUAGUGCCCAUAGAUAGAAUAUUUGUUUUGUCAGCAUCUUCUGGUUUUUUUUUUAGGCUCAUUUAAAACAUUAGUGGAAGAAAUCAGCAUUCAUGCAAAGCGUCAAAAUGAAAUAGGAUAAAGGCAGCAUAGGUCAAAGAUUGUAGAGGUGGACUUUAGGUUGAAACCUUUUUUAUAAUAGGUUUUAUUUUAUAUUUUAGAUUCAGGUUUUAUAUUUGUUUUAUAUUAAUUUGUUGGGCUUUUGUGAUCUUAAGGAAUUAUUUUAGUUAAAUACCAUACUGAAGUGACUGAAAAUGGUCAUGCAUUUGCUGCUGGGUUCCAUAUCUUCAUAAGUUUGCUAGUCUUUCAAAGACUAAACUAAUAGUUUUUAUCUAAAAUUUUUUUUGUGUGUGUGUUUAAAAACACCUGAAAUAGGAAAAUUGUUGUCGUUGCUCUUUUGAGUGAUUAUACGAUCAGUUGUAUUGUUUAUACAUUGCAUGUGUUCACAACAAGUACAUGACAAAACUAUAUCAAUUUGGGACAGCCCGCCUUACCAAUAAACUA